UCACAUUACAUACCACCAUGGACGCGCCGGCCGCCUGCGAGAUCGAGCGCCUGCCGGAGGACCUCCUGGUGCACGUGAUAUCGCUCACGUCGCCGGCGGGCGCCAUCCACGCCACCGCCGUGUCCCGGGCCUUCCACGCCGCCGCCGACUCGGACACCGUCUGGUCCCGCCUCCUGGCGCGCGACCUCCCGCAGUUCGCCAAGAGGGAGCUCCCCCGCAAGCCGCCGUCGACCAAGAAGGGAAUGUUCCGGCGCCUCUCCGACGAACCGGCCCUCCUCCCGGGCAAGUAUGUGCGCAUGCAGCUGGACAAGGCCACCGGCGCCAAGUGCUACACGUUUUCGGCCAGCGCGCUACAGAUCACCAGGCUAAUGAUGCACACACGCCCUUGAUCUCUAUUUCUAAUGGAGCAGUUGGUAAUCUCGCUUUCAGGUUUUUUUUCGUCCUACCAUUUUCGUCCGGUUUUUUUUCAUAGGUUAACCGUCGUAGAUUU